UAAUUCACACUCUUUCAUUCACAACCAAACCCUAAUAAAUAAUUCUUACAACCUACAUUUUAAUUUCUCCUCAUAAUGUCGGGAAAUAUCGAGGUUCCUAUCACGCCGGUCGAGCCGAAUUUCAGUAACAUCAGUCGCAAUGACUUUCCUCCCGACUUCCUCUUCGGGACCUCGACUGCAGCUUACCAGGUUGAAGGGGGUGCGAGUGAAGGGGGGAGAGGCCCCAGCAUGUGGGAUGUCUUCGCCUUGGGGAGCCCUGCUAAAAUUCUUGAUGGAACCAAUGGCAAUGUUUCUGUCGACAUGUAUCACAGAUAUGAGGAGGACUUUAGAACAAUGAAAGCAAUGGGUUUGGAUGCCUACAGAUUUUCGAUUUCAUGGUCCAGAGUGUUGCCUCAGGGAAGAAUUAGCCUUGGAGUUAACCAAGAAGGAGUUGACUACUACAAUAGAGUGAUAGACUCCCUCAUCGAAAAAGGUAUCACACCAAAUGUUACUUUGUUUCACUGGGAUCUUCCUCAGUUUUUGCAACAAGAGUAUGGUGGCUUUUUGAGUGAAGAAUUUGUGAAGGAUUAUGCAGACUAUGUCGAAUUUUGCUUUUGGAGAUUUGGAGAUAGGGUUAAGAUGUGGGCUACUUUCAAUGAACCAUAUAUAUUUUCCACCAUGGGAUAUGUUUCUGGAAGUUAUGCACCUAGUCGUCCUCAACCUAUUUUCCCAUAUGACACUGAAGAAGACAUUCUAAGCCAUUCUAAUUACAAACAAGAAGUCUACACUGUCGGAAGAAACUUGCUCCUAGGUCAUGCCAAAGCUGUUGAAAUUUACAGAACCAAAUUUCAAGAAUUCCAGAAAGGUCAGAUAGGAAUUGUUCUUAGCAGCAACUGGAAUGAGGCUUACUCUGAUAAACCAGAAGAUGUUGCAGCUAACCAAAGAGCAACUGACUUCCAAAUUGGAUGGUUUUUGGAGCCUGUGUUGGGGGGUCAGUACCCAGCAUCGAUGUUAGAACUUGUUUCUCCUGAGAAUUUGAAGCCAUUUACUGAAGAAGAAUCGAAGAUGCUUAAAGGGUCCAUUGACUUUUUGGGAUUAAACUAUUACACAUCCUACUAUGUUGCUGACAAUCCACACCCUGUCAACACAACUCCCUUCGAUUUCGAUCAGAAAAUCGCAACUCUAACUCAAAGAGAUGGAUGGAAGCCAAUAGGUCCAUUGGCUCCAGGUUCAGUUUGGCUCUACAUAGUCCCAUGGGGAAUCCGCAGCCUGUUGAAAUACAUGAAGACUAAAUACGAAAACGAUACAUACAACCUCCCAGUUAUAUACAUCACUGAAAAUGGAGUGACUCAAGCGAAUGACUUCAAGCUCACCGCCGAGGAGGCGUGCAAGGAUCCAUGGCGCGUGAAUUAUUACCGCGACCAUAUUGGAAAUGUGCUCCUAGCACUCAGGGAGGAUAAAGUUAAUGUAAAGGGAUAUUUCGUAUGGUCUUACUGCGACAACUACGAAUGGAGUAGUGGAUACACUAUUAGAAUGGGCAUGAUUUACGUCGACUAUAUGAACAAUUUGAACCGUCACCCGAAACAAUCAGCCCAGUGGUACGCCAAAUUCCUGACCAAGAAAGAAGACAAUGAAACAGCGACCGCGACAUAACUUGCACUGCUAUUUAUGGGAGUGUAAGCUUUGGAAUAGUUAUCGCAUUAUCAGUACGUGUGUUUUUUUCGAUUCUCUUGGAUUGCGGAACCUUGUUUAAGUAUCUUUGCAUUUCUUUAUGAGCUUCUAAGCUGUGUAAUGAAUAAGAUUGUGAGUUAUGUAAUAAAUAAGGAAGAAUCACUUUCGUGUGAA